AAAAUAUAAUUUUUUAAUAUAAUAAGGUUCAGUUUCUUGCUUGCAUCAAACAAUGGGGAUUAAUACAGAAUGAUCAUAUAAUGUAGCAAUACAAAAUCAAAAUUCCAGAUUCAUUCACAUUAACCAAAACCCUCAAAAUCCCCAAAUUCUCAAUCUUUAUCUCUUUUCUCCAUCUGGGUCAUUCCCAAAUCUCUCAAAAACCCUUCAAAAAUGGCGACUGAAAUGGCACAAACAGACCCAGAAGGCAUCGAUGGAGUUCGUAUGACAUGGAAUUCUUGGCCAAGAACCAAAGUUGAAGCAAGCAAAUGUAUAAUCCCAAUUGCUUCUUCAAUUCAAUUGCUUCGUCCUUUCCCUGAUCUACCUACCCUACCUUACGCUCCCCUUCGUUGCAAAACUUGUUCAUCAAUCUUAAACCCCUUUUGUCGUGUUGAUUUUCAAGCUUUAAUUUGGAUCUGUCCGUUUUGUUUCCAACGUAAUCAUUUCCCUCAGCAUUAUUCGGGAAUUUCGGAAACGAAUGUACCUGCUGAGCUUUAUCCGCAAUUUACUACUAUUCAGUAUGCGAUUCAGAACCCUGGUGGUCAUAAUUCUCCACCUGUGUAUUUGUUUGUGUUGGAUACUUGUAUGUUGGAUGAAGAAUUGGAGUUUGCUAAAUCUGCAUUGAAAAGGGUUAUUGGACUUUUGCCUGAUUAUGCUAUGGUUGGGUUUAUUUCGUAUGGUACACAGGUGCAGGUACAUGAACUUGGGUUUUCGGAUAUGUUGAAGGUUUUUGUGUUUCAGGGUUCGAAGGACUUGUCGAAAGAUCAAGUUUUGGAUCAGUUAGGACUUGGUAGUAUUAGUGGUAGGAAGGGUGGUGGUGUUGGGGUGAAUGGUGGACCUAAUCACGGGUUGACUAGGUUCUUGUUACCUGCUUCUGAGUGUGAGUAUACACUCGAUUCGUUGCUAGAUGAAUUGAAUACGGAUCAAUGGCCUGUGACACCGGGAAACAGAGCAUCACGCUGCACUGGGGUGGCAUUGAGUGUGGCAACUGGUCUGCUUGGUGCUUGUUUGGCUGGGGCAGGUGCUCGAAUUGUUGCAUUAGUUGGGGGUCCUUGCACUGAAGGACCUGGCGCGAUUGUGUCGAAGGAUUUAUCAGAACCUGUUCGUUCUCAUAAAGAUCUACACAAGGAUGCUGCACCAUUUUUUAGAAAGGCCGUUCAUUUCUACGAGGAACUCGCAAAGCAACUCGUUAGUCACGGUCACAUCUUAGAUGUUUUUGCUUCAGCACUUGACCAGGUUGGAGUUGCAGAGAUGAAAGUAGCUAUUGAAAAGACUGGAGGACAAGUUGUUCUUGCUGAAAGCUUUGGGCAUUCUGUUUUCAAAGAUUCCUUCAAGCGUGUAUUUGAAGUUGGUGAACAGUCUCUUGGGCUUUGCUUCAAUGCUACAUUAGAGAUCAACUGCUCCAAGGAUAUUAAAAUUCAAGGGAUAAUUGGUCCUUGCACAUCUCUUGAGAAGAAAGGACCUGCCGUCUCCAGCACAGUUACUGGUGAGGGGAAUACUACAGCUUGGAAGCUCUGUGGUCUCGACAAAAACACUUGCUUGACAGUUUUCUAUGAUGUUUCAUCUAGUGAGAAGUCAGAUCCUUCAGGCAAUAUAAAUCCACAAUUGUACAUACAGUUUCUUACAAGUUAUCAGAGCCCUGAUGGGCAAACAAAACUACGAGUUACAACCAUUACUAGGAGAUGGGUUGAUGCUGGUGUUGGCACUGAGGACUUGGUGCAAGGGUUUGAUCAGGAAGCUGCUGCCGUAGUAAUGGCUAGAUUGGCUUCUUAUAAAAUGGAGCUAGAGGAAGAUUUUGAUCCCACAAGGUGGCUAGAUCGGAAUCUGAUUCGCCUGUGUUCAAAGUUUGGCGAAUAUAGGAAGGAUGAUCCUGCAUCUUUCACUUUGAAUCCCUGUUUUUCUCUGCUCCCUCAGUUCAUGUUUCAUUUGCGGCGAUCACAAUUUUUGCAAGUUUUCAAUAAUAGUCCCGAUGAGACAGCAUAUUUCCGGAUGCUGCUCUACCGAGAGAGUAUAAGCAAUGCUGUUGUUAUGAUUCAACCUACACUAAUGGCAUUUUCAUUCAAUACGCUGCCUUCUCCAGCUUUACUGGAUGUGGCAUCAAUUGCUGCUGAUCGCAUUCUUUUGUUGGAUUCGUACUUCAGUGUUGUCAUAUUCCAUGGAAUGACAAUAGCUCAAUGGAGAAAUUUGGGAUACCAGAACCAGCCAGAGCAUCAGGCAUUUGCGCAUCUAUUGCAAGUUCCUCAUGACGAGGCCCAAGCACUCAUCCAGGAGAGGUUUCCUGUUCCUAGACUUGUAGUGUGUGAUCAGCAUGGUUCCCAGGCAAGAUUUCUUUUGGCAAAGUUGAAUCCCUCAGCCACAUACAAUAAUGCAAACGAUAUGGCAGCAGGUUCAGAUGUGAUAUUCACUGAUGAUGUAAGUCUCCAAGUUUUCUUCCAGCAUCUUCAGCGACUGGCGGUGCAAUCUUCUUGAGAAAACAAACGAGAUUCCAGGAGUUCGAUUGAUACCAGCAAAGACUGCAUGCAUCAUCUCUGCUGCCAACCUCUCGUCUGUGCUUCGAUUUUGUACUAAAUUCCUUGUUAAUCAUGUAGCUGAUUGUAGUAAGGAUUAUAGCUCUCAUAUAUAAUUUAAAGUUUCAAUAUACAUCUCUAGACUGUUUGCUUCUUUCAUGCUAAAAAUAUUAGCAUAUACAUCUUGGAAGGCUACUUGAGGAGAAGGAUUACUUUUUGUAAUGGUCAAUUCAUUUUUACCUGUCAUGUUUCGCUUUUGAUAAUA